UAGACCGAAAAAAAAAAUUCCUGGUGUACUUAAUUAAAUGGACUUUUUCGGCUAAAGUUUAAUAGCUCAGAGGCCGUGAUGCUUCUCCUUUCUUUUUACGCGGUUUCCUAUGCGAACACACAAUCUACGCGUUUGGUUACUCGUCUGUAAAACUACCCCCGUCUGUUCCCUUUUAUAUAUACUCUGCACUUUACCACCCCAUCAACUCAACGAGAAGCCUUUCUUCAUUACUGUCUUUUAUUCUUUCUUUGUGUUUAGUUCAAUCCAAUUGAAAUGGCAUCUACUUCUACCACUAGCAGCUACUCACAAUUUGAGGAAUUUGCACCAUCAACAUCUGCUUCUGGUAGAUCCUAUGAUGUUUUUAUUAAUCAUCGCGGUCCCGAUGUCAAGCACACACUAGCCACUACUCUUUACAGAAUGCUUACUAAUGGCAUGGGACUCAGAGUCUUCCUGGAUUCAGAAGAGCUUGAAUUGGGGGAUUCCUUGCCCACGGAACUACAGGAAGCAAUCAAAAGUGCUUCGCUUCAUAUUGCUAUAUUCUCACAGAAUUAUGCACAAUCUCGCUGGUGUUUAGAUGAGCUGUCAUUUAUGUUCAGAACAGGCACUAGAAUUGUCCCCAUCUUCUACUAUACCGAAGUUGCAGAUGUCCGAUAUGCAAAAGGAGUCUAUGCUGAAGCAUUUCAGUUGUACCUAAAUAAAGGUAGAUACAGCUCUGAAAAGCUUAAGGAGUGGAAGGAUACGCUCUUCAAUGUUUCACAUAACAUUGGUUACAUCGUUAAUAGCAAGGAAAAGGAAGACAUGUUGCUGAAGAGUAUUACUUAUUGUGUUGUGAAAGAAAUUAAAAAGUUACCAUUCGUGGUCGCAGAACAUCCUGUGGGUUUAGAUGAAAUUGUACAAGAUUUUGAAUUGACUACACUUCAAUCUGACAGAAGUCAUCAGGAUAUGCAAAUGGUUGGAAUAUGGGGCAUGGGUGGUUCUGGCAAGACCACUCUUGCUAAAAAGUUAUAUAAUAAUAUAUAUCCAUCUAUGGAGAAGGCUAGCCUCAUAUUAGAUAUUAGAGAUGCUGCUAACAAAAACUUGUUGUGCGAUAAGCAGAAAAAGCUUUUGGAGGAUCUUGGUUUCAAAGGUUUAUCAGUUGACAAUGUAGAAGAGGGGAAAGCAAUUCUUGCAAGCCACUUGAGAUCUAUUCGGGCUUUAAUUGUUCUGGAUGAUGUUGAUCAUGUGGAUCAAUUGAAUGCUUUAUUGCCCUAUCGAGGAUCUGAGAGUUUGAUUGGGUCGGGUGCUUUGAUUAUUGUCACCACAAGAGAAUUAGAAGUUCUUAGAUGUUGGGACAUCUCCUCCCACUAUAAAAUGAAACCAUUGAGUGCAAUUCAUGCUGAGCAACUUUUUUGUUGGCAUGCUUUUUUAAAAUCAUCUCCACAAAAUGGAUUUGAUGAGCUUGUUGAAAAAUUCUUAGAAGCUUGUAGUGGUUUGCCAUUGUCUUUCAAAGUCCUUGGUGGGCAGCUGUAUGGAAACGUAAACAAAGAUUCCUGGAAGACUCAAUUGGAGAAGAUCUCUAGAAUAUUACCCAAGGAUAUCAAAUAUAAGCUGAAAAUAAGUUAUGAUGCAUUAGAUGAGGAAGAGCAAGAGGUAUUCUUGGAUAUUGCAUGUUUCUUUGUUGGAGAAAAAAGUGAUUUGGCAAUUGAAGUAUGGAUUGGAUCAGGGUGGAGUGGUUUGUACAGUUUGGAAAGGUUGAGGAAUAAAUGUCUUGUUGAAAUAGAUGAGAAAAAUUACCUUGUAAUGCAUGAUCAUUUAAGAGAUUUGGGAAGAGAAAUUGCAAAUGAGCAAUCACCUUACCGACUUUGGUCUCCCCAACAAUGUAUUAAAAUUUAUAAUAAACAGAAUGAAAUAGGCAUAGGAGGAAUAAUGGCCAGCUUAGCUCGAGUAUUGAAUAACUGUCUCUGGUUUAUGAUUCAUAAUGAAGAACAGAUUGGAAUAGGUAUUCGAGGAAUACUAACCACAUCUGAUGAGGAGUUUGAUGAUUGCUCGUCGCACGCGGGACUAAUGGUUAACACAAGCAGAGGAAUUCGGGUCCUGGCGCCUUCUAGACUUGGACUAAGAAUUAUUGAGGCUCAUGGUUGUAAUUUAAUUCAUGUAAUUAGCGAAGCAUCAGGAGAUUUGGUCUGGCUUCGCUGGUUUGAUAUCGGGCAGACAAAUAUUCAGUCAAUAAUUCCACUAAAAAAAUUGAGGGUUCUAGAACUAUGUGAAAAUUGGAGGCAGGCAGAUCAUCGCUUACUAGAGCUUUGGGUGGAUGACUGCGAUGCUCCUUUACAGUUAAGAGAGUUGAUUAUUUCUUAUUGCAAAGAAUUCAGAAGGUUUCCAAACUCAAUAGGACGCCUCAAGCAAUUGAGAAAAAUAGUCCUGGAUUCGACGAAGCAUUUGGAAAGUCUUCCAGAAGAAUUCUGCCAACUACAAUCGCUGGAGCACCUGGAAUUAAACAGUUGUGAUGGGUUGUCAUCACUACCGAACAGUAUGGGUAAUUUGAGAAAACUACGGCAUCUAAGUUUGUUGGGGUGCAAGAAAUUGGGGAGGUUACCAGAUUCUUGUAAGGAGUUAAGGCUGCUGCAACAUCUGAGCUUAUCCAGCUGUCCUAAUGUUACCUUUAUGUCGGACAUUAUGGAAAACAUGUCAAAUCUAGAGUAUUUGAGUUUAACAUGCUGCUAUCAAUUGGAAGAGUUGCCUCGUCACAUCACAAAUCAGGUGUCUUUGAGAGAGCUCCAUUUAGAACAUAUGUGGAACUUAAGGGAGAUACCAGUGAAGAUUGAUCAACUGAACAAGUUACAAAAACUGUGUGUCGGGGGUGAUUUAUUGACAAGCUUGCCAGCCUCCCUCGGAGAUUUGUCUUCCUUGACUGCACUGGAAAUUACUAAUAGCACCAGCAUGGAAUGUUUACCAGACUCUUUGGGGCGCCUGAGUCUCUUAGAGAGAUUAGAGAUAGACGAUUUGGGAGUGAAAUCUUUACCAGAAUCAAUUAGUCAGUUGACUAAUCUGGAAAGUCUGUGGAUAUGUCGCUGUCCAAUCAGCGAAUUGGAUCUUGGAGUGGGGUCUUUUAGUUCUUCCUUGUCCAAGCUUAAGACGAUAGAACUAUCAGAUAAUGAUCUAUUGUCCAAGAUCUCUAUCUCAAAAGACUGUUGCGCUGGCCUUGAGAGUCUCACGGUUGAAAAGAAUAGAAAUCUAACGGAGAUAAAAGAGCUGCCAAGUUCGGUCAGAAAUCUAGUUAUAACUAGAUGCCCCAAGUUGUCUGCGCUUCCCAGUUUUGCAGAAUUAACUUCUCUUCGAGAAUUUGAAAUGAUAGGUUGCUACCAAGUUAAGAAAAUUGAAGGUUUAAAUCAUUGCAGAGAAUUGGAGGCGCUGAAAGCAUAUACAUGGUGGGAGAUGCCGAAUAUAGAAAGCCUGGAGUACAUGGAAAGAUUGAGGGUGCUGCAUCUCACGGGAAUGAGGAAAUCAGUUGUUGAAGGUUGCAUUCAGGGCAUGGAGAAAUGGCCUGGCGAAAUAAUAGUUUCAACGCGAGCAGUGCGUAAUGCAGCCUCACUUGUAAAUUCCUUAGCCAUUCCUACUCUCUCUGUCGUCGACUCCUGCUCUAACGUGCAAACUGAAAGAAAGCAAGGACCUAAAUUGGUGUUUGAGCAACCCACCAAUGGCAACGCAAUUAUUGUUUGUUUUGUAGUAAGGACUCCAGGUGGGGCACAGAUGAUUGGAGUUAGUGGAGAUUCAUUCAGUACAUUAUCAUCUUAUGCGAAGGUGGAGGAAGGGGCAUGGGUAUGGAUAGGUCUGUUCACACAACGUUCUAAAUGGUACACAUCAAACGCCUACGAGGCACGUUUUUCAGGUGAAAAUGGCAUAGUGGAGAAAGGAUUGGUUGCGAUGGUAGAAGAGGAUAGAGUUACAGAGGUUCUGCGCCGCCUAUUGGCGGUGAUGGAAAUAUGAUUUUCGUACAUUGAAGUGUAUAGAUUUAAAUUUUCCUUCGUAUUAUGUAGAAAGGAUAUGAAACAAAUUAAUAAUUGUUUUACAUGAUACUACCCAAAAAAACGAAGUUGACUUUUUUAUUUAAAUGAAAUUUUCUUUAGGGCAUUGGAACUA